AUGAGAGUACAAUCUGGAAUUGGAACUUCAAAACUUUUGAACCCUAAACCUCAUUACUUCAUCAUCUCAGAUUCUGAGAUUGAUGAUUCCUGUGAAUCUUGCCCUCCAUCAGCAACAACACCACAAAAUAAUCCAACAUCAACAUCUGAAAAGGCACCAAUCCACACUAAACCUACCACACCUUCCAAAUCUACUUUAUCCUCUGAACCCUCACAAUUAACUCCCCUACACCAAAAACGGAGAUUGAUCAAUGAAAUUUUCCUUGCUCGAAAGAAACUUCCAAACUCUCAGAAGAGAAAAACCAACGCUCCUAAACAAAACCUCAAACAUUGUCAACCCGCCUCUCCAGAACAUUCUUCACAAUGUUCCCCACCCCAACCUCCAAAACAACGUUCUCCAAAUCAAGAACGUUCCCCUGCUCACUCAGUCCCUCCUCCAGAACCCUCUCCAUACACACAACCUUCCCCAUCAACACACGCCAAACGAUCUCCCACUCCAGAACGUUCCUCUACCUCCACCUCGUCUGAAUCUGAACCAUCCCCACUACCUAAAAAAUCCAAACAAAAUACUUCACCUCUGAUUCCUUCCAGCAAAACCAAACUCUUCAAAAGCAAAUGGGCUCAAUGCCCAGUUGGGAUUGGACGAGUUUUCAUUUUUGAAAACCUCAUCAUUGACGGCAAUGUUGUCCUGCAUCACACAGAUGCUCUUGGAUGGACCUCAUUCCUGCAAACAUCUGAAAGCUACUAUCCAGAUGUUGUCCGAGCAUUUUAUUGCAAUGCAAAGACGUUUGCUGACAAAUCCCUUAUUAUUUCCACAAUUAAGGGAGUUGAGAUCAAACUAACUCCAGAAAUUCUGGCCUCAAUCCUUAAGUUGCCCACAAAAGGUCCAUCUGUGUUUGGUGACAACUGGUACUUAGCCUUAAAUCUUUGCAAGACUGAAGUCCUCUCUGACUUGUUUGAAGAAGAUUCAACUCGUUACUUGUCAACAUAUCUCAAGCCACUUCCUAAAGUGUUUAAUAACAUGUGCCAACAUACUCUAAUUCCUCACUGUGGAAGUCAUGAGUAUGUCUCUGACAAUGAUGCACUGCUCAUCCAUCUCUCCUCAACUGCAAGCGACUGA